UGUUUUAUUUAACAGACAAUUCACAAUACCUUUUUGCAGGGGCUAAACGCUGUCUGUGAAUCAAUGACAUUUAUAUUUGAAUAACGGGUAACUUGGAGAAGUCUUCUAAACAGCAUUCAGUUGAUAGCAAUAACAUUUAAAAUGGAAAAGUAUGUAUAAAAUAAGUAGGAUAAGAUUUUUCAUUGGGAACACGCCCUAGUACGGUAGAAGACAACAAGUUGAUCGACAGACGAAACAACCAAUCGCCCGCCGCGCAACGUAUACCGUCUUGGCCAAUGAUAUUAAGAGGCGGGCCCUCACGUACACCGGCAGAUGCUCAGUGCGCCCGUUUACGAGCGUCAUACAUUGACCUGAUUGACGGAUGCUUCACAGUUUUCUCUGUAUUAAGGUCAACACAUGUAGAAAAGGUGUUGCCAUCGUAACUUCAUUAAUAACGAGAGAUAAGCUCCAUCCAAGUGCAGUCCAAGGAAACAAAGACGCCUUUGCUUCUCCAUCACUGAACAGAGGGAAAUGUAAAGGAACUACGCUAUAUAAUCGUUAUCGUUUAGCUUUUUCUCUGUUUACUAACGGCUUGCUGGGUAAGUAAAGAUGAAAUACAUUUCAUCUCUGAUAUAAUUUCUUUAUAUUUUAUUUACUAUGUAGCAUAGGUGUAUUUAUUCUGCAGAGUUCCAACCUGGUAACCUAUGUUUUUUGUUUCAGUUUUAGUUUCAGUCUACAUAUUUCCUGUAUUUUUUCAUUUUUAUAUAUUUAUAUAAACAUGUUAAUAUUUGCUGAUUACUGACAGUUUACUGCGUAAAUAAAUUCAUUUAUGAUAUUUUAUUUGAGUGUAACUUAUUUCUCUGGUUUCCUGCUCUAGUUCCUGUUCCAUCCUCGGUUGUCAGCAUCAGUCCAGCUAUCCUGCAUUGAGGCGACACUGAAGUGAUUUGUGGUCAAUUUGUACUCAGCUCAGGAAUGGCAGGAAGCCUUAAACCUAAACAAGAUGAAGAGGGCUGCCGGGAUCAGAUGGUGCGUUCCAACACCUUCUUUCACGGGGGGACCUCAAGUUUACUCUCCACCAUCAUCACUUUUCCGGUCUACAAAACGGUUUUCCGUCAACAAAUCCACAACGCUGGUGUUUCUGAGGACACCAUCCUCCAUCAGUUCACCCCAUCAUCUCAGAAUCUCAUCUCCCCCUCAGCCCUGCCUGCUCUGGCUGGGUUUGGUGCAGGCAUGGUAGAAGCUGUUGUUUGUACCCCCCUUGAGCGUGUCCAGAGUGUGUUGCAAAAUGGCAAAAACGACCGCAAUUUACCCACCCACAAAAGUAUUCUUGUCAGGCUGAACGCACAGAAGCGGUCCUCAGGGUACUACAGAGGCCUUCUGCCCAUCACAGCCCGCAAUGCUCUUGGCAGCUUUAUCUACUUUGGCUUGAAGGAACCGUUGAAGGCUGCCGUGGAGGGGCGGGGGCUGUCUCCAGUGGUUUCCUCCUUCAUCUCAGGGGUGCUGAGCUCCAUGGUUAUCAGCUUGCCUCUCUAUCCACUGACUGUGUUGGCAGCAAACAUGCAGAAACAGGUGGGAGGGGAGGAUAAAGCGGUCAUGGCUUCAUGGAAGACGCUGUGGGAAUCUCGGCAGCGGAGUGUGGCUCUGCUGUACAGAGGAGGUUCUCUGGUUGUUUUGAGAUCAGGCAUUUCAUGGGGAAUCACCACUGCUAUCUAUGACAUGCAGCAGAAAUAUUCAGGCUGAAGGGCAGUUCAAACCCUCCAAACCCUACUUUCAUGAGGUACUGUAAUCAUUGUCUUUUCACUGUAGACAUUUUGGCCUGUCAUAGUAGAAAAAGCAUAUGGAUUUUAAUUGGUUGUGAUCAAUUCAUGUGUCACCCUAAACUGUGCCAUCUAUCUCACAUGAAAAUACCCUGAAGCUGAACCAUCUAAAAGGAAUUUUUAUUAUUUACACCUCUGCUUUUCCUUCUGCUACAUGUCAAAAAGGUUUUGGUGGAAAAGUUCAAUGGAAAUUGCAAGUUUAGCCAUGAUGCAUAGUUCAAAUCAACACAUACUGCCAAUCUUUGUCAGAAUGCCAAAGCCAGGGGAAAUCUCCACUGCCAGGACUUGAACCAAGGUCUCUAUAGUGGUUGCUGAAUAUGAAUCAUCAACAAAUUUGAAUACAGUAAUAAUAUACUUCUAUAUUGUGGGCAUGGAGAGGGUUGCAACAGUUUGAAAGAUUUUCACAUUUUGAUAACCAUCUCAGAAAAUAUCCCAAUUUUACAGUACGGUUUAGAAUUAUAAUAAUAAACUUGAGAACAAUAUAAAAAUAACUUUUGUUUUUAAAAACACUUUAACAUGUCAUGUAACUAAAGCGUGUUAAAUGACAAUGUAGCAACACUAUUAUCUCCGUCUUCUUUCAUCAAUACUGUAGAACAGCAAAUGAUAAAUGUCAACUGUCAUUCAGGUAAACCUUGAAACAUGUACCGCUCCAAUCUUACUCGUGAAUCCCAGGUGCCUUGUAUUUUUUAUGUCUUGUAGAGAGAUUUCAUCAACUAACCUCCUCAAAGCUAGUUUACUCAUCAGGGGAAGUACAGCUCAGGCGAAAAAGUGUUUUUAUUGUCCUCUAGGCCUCUUGAGGAACUAUUAUUUUUACCUAAUGGUAGCUUGUAGAUACAGUUUAUAGCAGUAACCCACAUUAUGAAUUUGGGUGUGGAUUUUGUAAAAUAUGGAUUCCAGCAAGGCAGGAUCUAAAGAAAAUUGGCUUCAGUAUGAAAAAGUAGCAUUCCUAACUUUAGGGCUGGACCCAAAAGGAAGUGAAGGUCAGAAUAUUGACCCCUGUUGCCUUGAACACGUCUUUUAAAGUGCUUCAUCAUUUGACCAUUAACUGCAUAAAGGGAGAUCAAACCAUUUGUAUUGUGUAAUGUCAAAAGAUUUGUGAAUGUAUGAUAAAGAGGAUGCAUGUGAGUUGGAGCACAGGAACAAAUAAGACAAAGUUGUACAACACUGUUGCCUCAGCAAGAAGAUACUGAGCUAUAAUGCCGUUGGUGCUGUCCUGUGUGGAGUAUGCAUGUUCUCCCCUUGUCUGCAUAAAGGAUACAUAGACAUGCAGGUUACAUUAGUCAGAAACUAAAUAUAAAUAUGUUAUCAUGUUUUGUCUUUGCUUAAAAUAAUCUUGAUUUAUCCCCGGGUGAAAUCUUCCAGAUUGAAUAGCUGCAACAUUAAAGUGAGGAUCUCUCAGAAUUAUAAUCCA